AUGUCCUCGGAUUCAUCCUCCACGAAUUUGCGGGUGAUUAAAAAUGAAACGAUGUGUGUAUGCGAUUUUAGGAUAAACUACAAAGGUUGCGACGAAGAAUCAAUACUACAAUUAUCACAUCUGGUGUUGAUUCCCUACACGGUCAUCAUCAUGUUGAUUUCCCUGGGAUUGAUGUGGCACAGGAUAGUCGUGAGAGGUGAACCAUUUUUCUUAAACCCCACCCGAGAACGAGGAAUACUCAGACCAAAACCACAAGAAGUCUUUCACAUCGCCGCCAUCGUAUUUAAUUUCUUUCAGCUAAUUCACAUGAUACUCGUGCUCACCAACUCAUAUCCGAAUACCGUUUCAGCGGAGAUCGGACAGGAUUUAUCGCGCGAAUUUGGCACGGGGCUAGCAUUGAUCUAUCCAAUUAGCAUGUUUUACUCGACACCCAACUGUAGCUCGACAACAGAAUCGAUGUCGGAAGGUGGCCCACAAAUUAGCAAAUCAUUCAAUAAAUAUCUGGUUGAUGUAACAGGAUUCUUCGUCUUGAUCGCUCCUGUUGCCACGAUGCUUCCUUUGGCCUACCUCACUGGCCACUACGCUGACCGCGAGUCAGCCUAUGCGCUGCAACUGUCCAACAUCCACUCAUUCGUUUGGAUAGUAUGGGUGAUAAUAUUUUUGGGAUCGGCAAUAUUUUUUUGGUAUAAGCUGAUGGUCGUCAUAUGGGAUGAGAUCAAUGAACUAAAAAGAAAAGGAGAAAGCGAUGGAUCGGAUGUGCAACCCAGAAUCAUCACCUUGAGAAGGGCGGCCAGGAAUCUGUUCUUGGUUAAAAUCUCUUUGGCUAUCGUCGUGAUAAUUUUCGUCAUCAUAACACUUUCGUACACCAUAUAUCACAAGGAAAAAACGCUUUUUAACAAAAACAUCAAUGUUGGUUACAUGAUAAUUUGGGAUUUCACGAUACCAAUUAUAUUUAACAUAACCCAAUUCAUCUUUAUUUACAACAUCUUACGAUCAGAACCCGAACAAGACUCGGCGUUCAUGUUACAGGACUUAAAAUCUCACACCUCCGAUAACUCAAAGACCAAUCCCCGCUUCAUGGAAAAGCAGAAACAAAUUCUGGGUGCAUCGAAGGAGGGUCAAAUUGCCGUUUUUGAAUUUGAUGAGGAAUCGACGAUGUCGGUUGGUCCGAACAGUCCUAUCUCAUCAGAAAAGAGAAGAAUAAAUAAUCAACUGCAACGACCUUCUAUCGAAUUGCAACAUUCUCUCUACUCAAAUGCCAGUAGCGUAAGUCGAAGGGACAGUUACGUGAGCAACGACUCUUCCAGUGAUGGGACGAUUGACGUAAAUCAGGACAACGGGAAUGAUGGUUAUGAUGCCAUCAACGACGGCAGAAAUGCUGCGGAUGCUGAAGUAUAUUAUGACUCGAGAUUGACGAAUAGCCCGAGGUCAAAUUCAAGAUUUCAUUUAAGAGGUAGCAUGCAGACAUCCAUAUCCACGCUAUCUGAUCUAAGCCUUUCGCCAACCUCAUCAAUAUCCGAUGAAUUAGGGAUGGUCAUGUAUCCGUCAUUCUUAGCAUCGAGGGGUUUCGGCAGCACAAAUCACAUGAGGAGAUCAACUCUACAAUUGCACCAUCAUAAAAGCUAUGAAAGUUCGAUGGGAUUGAUCAUCGAGGAAACGUCGGAUAACAGAAAUGACAAUCAUGUUGUUGCUUCCUCUUCAGGCGAUAUGAGCCAUAAUAAUACUGCGGGCAAUAGCGUGAGUAACGCUGAGGGAGGUAGCAAGAGCAGUAAUACUUCCUCGGCGGUGAAUCCAGUUGCCUUGGCACUGGCAAAAGCAAAGUCCGAAGAGGAUCUGACAAAUAGUAAUGAAACAUACAAAGCUACAGGAUUAUACAAGCAAAGAGAAUCAGUUUCAAUGAUUGAUGUAAAUGAAAUGCAGGAUUGGUUGAAGAGGCCUGUCUCGACUAUCCACAGGAUAAAGACAAUUCAAAGAUUAAACCAA